CAACAUGGGUAGUGAGUGAGCGAACAGUGUCAGUGUGAGUGCAACCCUUGUCCUUCCCGCUCCUCUUUACCCUUCUUGCUUCUUCCCUCUCCCUCUCUCUCACCGCAAGUCCCAACUCAGUGUCUCCUGUGCACAGUUCCUCCUACAAUUAAGAAGAAGAGAAAGUCAGCUAUUACUACUACUACUAUCAUUACAGGCCUGAAAAAAGAAAAAAAAACAAAUACCAGUCUACAUCAGCAGAGACAACAAUGAUAAACCACGAGAACAUGCUACUCUAGUGACUUUAAACCCGUGUUCUUCUUAAUACCACGACACCAAAACUAAAGACAAACAAGGAAAAAGAAUAAAGGCCAAUGACGGAAAAGAAAAGAACCUUACAAGCUAUAUAUGAGAAAGACAAGAAAGAGAGAAUGCAUAGGAAAAAAUCGUGUUUUUACACCUCCACCAUCAACACCACCACUACAAGAUCGGUGGCCGCGAUGGUGGUUAUAGGAAUGGUGCUUAUGAGAAUUGGUGACCCCGCGGCGGCCUCCUCUUCACGUGCUGAUGAGGCGAACCUGACGCGUCUGUGGGAGCGAGUCACCAGCCACACGGAAACGCUUCGCAACAUCAACUACUACCUCAAGCAGACCGAUAUUUUUUGGGCUUGGUUCCAGAAGAAUAAAGGGCGUCUAGACGAGAUUCUGUUAACAGGCGAAAGCUCCUCACCUUCUGACAAUGUACGAUUGCUAGAAAGACUCGACGAUCUCGAGCGAAAGCAGAAGGUGCGAGAUGAGGAGAUGCAGGAGAUCCGGAGUGCCUUGCAGCAGGAGAGGGAGAAGACCACCCGCUUGGAGGCCAGUCUGCGCCACCACGAGGUUACUGAAGACAGGAUGAGGCGUCAGUUGGAGACUGUGGAGUCUAUAUUGAGUGGAGCAAGAAGGGAAGGAGAUAGAGGAGGAGGAGGAGGAGGAGGAGGAGGAGGAGGUGGAGAGGACGAGAUGAACGUCCAGACCUACAAACUGAUGACGUACGUGCGCAACUCAGUGCAGGUUCUGAGUGACGACCUGCGUGACCUGCGCGAUGACAAGAUCCCUGAGCUUGAGGAGAGAAUAACGCAGCUGGAAACUGGACUGGUAGCAGUGAACACGACGGCUCUGUUCAACAAGAGAGCAAUUGAGGAGAGAGUAACAGCGGACCUGCAUGAACUGAAGCAGCAAACUAACAACCUGACGGAAGUGGUGGACCAGUCCCAGUCUACGGCCCACGAAGAAGUGAGUGCUUUGAAGAAUCUACUUCAGGGAGUCGUGAUGAAUAACGUCUUCCCUUUAGAAUACCAGCUGGCGGACCUCAACCGAUCCCACCACGCCCUGAGUGAGGAAAGUCUGGAAGUGAAGGAGGAAGUCAAUGACCUGAAGCAACAGAUUGACUCGCUCUCGGGAAGAGUAUCACCAAAGCAGCAUGGCAGUAACCGGGGGUUGCAGAAUCAGAUCAAAGAACUGCAAACGUCCCUGGCUAAAGUUCAAGGUAAUAUUGCCAAUCUGGACGGUCGUAUUAGUGGCCUUGCGAACACCAACAACCAGCAGGACCAGCUCGAGGAGGCUCGCAAGGAACGCUCAAGAUUAGAAGGGUCCAUAGAAAGACUGCGAACCCGCCUAUCAAACCUCCAGGAAGCUUCAGGAAACAUGAACCUCGAUCUUAAGACGAAAAUUACAAAACUGGAGAACGACAUUGCCGACCUGCGGCGGUACAACAACUUAACCGAACACGUCAGAAGGAUCAGCAUUCCCAGCGCCACGCCCAGUGUGCAACCUAUCGGGCCGCCCGGCUACGGCUUUGAGGGUGGCUUCGGGAGGCCUGGGAACCAGGGCUGGAGUGGUGAGCCCGGUGAUCCGGGGUCGCGGGGCCCGCCAGGCACUCCGGGUGCGCCAGGCGUCCCGGGCUCAAGAGGGGAGCAAGGCACCCCAGGAGCGCCGGGGGGCCGAGGAGCGCCAGGGGACAGAGGAGCGCCAGGGGACCGAGGAGCUCCAGGGGUUAGAGGUACACCAGGGGGCAGAGGUCCGCCAGGAGACCGAGGAGCUCCAGGGGGCAGAGGAUCACUGGGAAACAGAGGUGCAUCAGGGGGAAGAGGAGCACUAGGGGGCAGAGGAACGCCAGGUGAUCGAGGAGCGCCAGGUGCGCCGGGAGUCCCGGGGGGUCCCGGGGCGCCAGGCAACCCAGGCUCCAGUGGCGUGCGAGGACCCUCUGGCAGUGCAGGACGGAGGGGAGCGCCAGGCGGCCCUGGGGUGCCAGGGAGCCCAGGGCGGAGAGGAGCGGCAGGCCAGCCAGGCUAUCCAGGUGGCACCGGCGAGCAUUCAGCUUACAUGUACAACCCGUCCUAUGCUGAGUAUCCCUAUUCUGCCACUCCGAGCUACGGGAGAUACUCCACCACUACGAGAUACGGAGGCUACUACCCUGGUUAGGCACGUACAGCUGAAGCACCGAGCGAACCACGUUUAAGAUGGCCAUCAGAAAAGACACG